UGCGUGUGUGCUACGGCGCGUGAGAACAAGCGAACGGAUCGAAUGGAAUAGCUGGCGCAGAGAAACGUUUCUAUAAACUCAGCAAAAGAGCUCCAUUUACUUUUGUCGCGCUUUUGCUUAAGUCUCGACCGGUUUGUUAAAAGGUUUGUUGUCUGCGUGUUCAAGUGUGUGUGGCUCCCCUCAUCGUUGUCCAUUCUCGUUGGAUUGAACACCAAGGGGGACUCCAUGAAAGAUGACGGAGGAGGUGACAGUUGUAGCCAAGUGGGACUACAUGGCCCAGCAGGACCAGGAACUUGACAUCCGGAAGAACGAGCGUCUCACUCUUCUGGACGACAGCAAAACGUGGUGGAGGGUGAGGAACGCCUCUAACCAGACAGGCUAUGUCCCCUCCAACUAUGUAGAGCGCAAGAACAGCCUGGUGAAGAAGGCCUCGCUGGUCAAGAACCUCAAAGACACACUGGGACUGGGUAAAGGCAGGAGGAAGAACAGCUCCCGGGACGAUUCCCCCACACCCAGCACCGACACAGAGUUCCACUUCAACGGGAGUGGAGGAGGAGGAGGAGGUGGCGGCGGCGAGCGUAUCUACGACCUCAACAUCCCGGCCGUGGUGAAGUUCUCGUACGCGGCGGAGCGAGACGAUGAGCUGACCCUGGCCAAAGGCUCCCGGGUCACGGUGAUGGAGAAGUGUAGUGACGGGUGGUGGCGGGGCUGCCAGGGGGGGCGCGUGGGCUGGUUCCCCUCCAACUACGUCCUGGAGGACUCCGCGGAGGGAGACAGGGGUGGAGGAGGCAGGCUCUCCCCGGGUUACCUCGGCCCAGGCAGGGGGCCCUCGGUGAACAACGGGAAGGCAGGGGUUGGUGGGGGCGGCGGCACCCUCCAGCGGGUCCAGACUCUUUACCCGUUCAGUUCGGUGACUGAGGAAGAGCUGAACUUUGAGAAAGGCGAGGUGAUGGAGGUAGUGGAGAAGCCGGAGAAUGACCCGGAGUGGUGGCGCUGCCGAAACGCUCGAGGCCUGGUGGGGAUGGUGCCCAAGAACUACGUGCUGGUGCUGAGCGACACUAACGGGUCGUCUGGAAUCCCUCCCAUGGCGCUGUCGGACCCCGGGUCCCCCCAGAACCACUACAUUGGGCCUGCAUGCCUGGGCAGGUUCGCAGGCAUGGACUGGUACUACGGAGGACUGACCAGACACCAGGCAGAACUGGUUCUCAACCAGAGGGGCGAAGAGGGAGACUUCCUGAUUAGGGACAGCGAGUCCUCGCCCAAUGAUUUCUCUGUGUCUCUGAAGGCUCCUGGGAAGAACAAGCACUUCAAGGUGCAAUGCUCAGAGGGCUUCUACUGCAUUGGCCAGCGCCGAUUCAACUCCAUAGAUGAACUGGUGGAGCACUACAAGAAAGCCCCGAUCUUCACGAGCGAACACGGAGACAAGCUGUACCUGGUCAAACCGCUGCUGUGACACAUACACACACCAAUUACCACCAAAUACCCUAAACAUUCUUCAACACGCUGAACUUGGGCAGGGAACGUUGUGGGUUCAGGUUCCAUUGUUUAGAGCCAAAAACUGUUCAUUUGGAAUAAAUAAAAAAAAAGAAAAUAAUUUAGAGCCCUCAUCAGAAUGACCCGCUGAAUGUUUUCACUGAACUGCUUUUCUGUUGGCCCCAGUUCUACGCUAUACCUACUGUUCCGUGUUUGUAUUGGCUACAGAUCUAUUUAAAUUUGAUUGGAGUCUACUGUACUACUCUUUCUCCCUCCUAGUUCUGAUUUCCAAUCAGGUGUUCUGGUGUUUUACUCUCGCAGGAAAGUGUAGCUAUUGGAGGGCACUAACCAAGUAAUAAGACCGCUGUUUUUGUUUUUAUUUACUUUUUGCUACUUGCGUCUGUUUACCAAUGUAUUGAUCAUGGGGUUCUCAGCUUUUACAGGAUAUGAUAUAUCUGAAUGUUAUUGAGCAAUGUUAUUUAAUUCUUGUUUCCAUUGUAUGUAUAUAUUCAGAAGAGAAGGUGCAUAUAUGAAUCGUUUCGAUCCAAUCUAUUGUACUGCCCACAACGUGAUGAGAAUUAAAAUACUUUUGUUCAAUAAAAGUUUUUGCAAAAUAAUUAA